AUGCCUGCCGCUGCAGCCUGCGCGCACACGCGGCUCGGGGCGACGAUGCUCACGUUCGCGGCGCGGAUGCCCACAUCGCCGGAGCCGGAGGCCGGUCGUGGCGCCGCCGCCGAGCCCAAGGGGCGCGACGUGCACCCGCAGCUGUGGCAGGCGUGCGCGGGCUCCAUGUGCGCCGUGCCGCCCGUCGGCGCCGACAUCUACUACUUCCCGCAGGGCCACGCCGAGCACGCCGGCGCCGCCGCCGUGGACCUGCGCGCCGCGGGCGUGCGCGUCUCGCCGUUCGUGCCCUGCCGCGUCGCGGCCGUCAGGCUCAUGGCGGAGCCCGACACCGACGACAUCUACGCCAGGAUACGCCUCGUCCCGCUCCGCCCCUGGGAGCCGGUGGCGGACGUGGGCGACGCCCUGACGGGGAGCGACGGGAGCAGCAGGGGCGGCGCCGGGGACGGCAACGGCCAGCAGCCGCCGCCGCGGCAGCCCAGGCCGUUGUCUUUCGCCAAGACGCUGACGCCGUCCGACGCCAACAACGGCGGCGGCUUCUCCGUGCCGCGGUUCUGCGCGCUCUCCAUCUUCCCGCAGCUGGACUACAGCUUUGACCCGCCCGUGCAGUUCGUCUCCGCCAGGGACGUGCACGGCGUCGAGUGGACGUUCCGCCACAUCUACCGCGGCACCCCGCGCCGCCACCUGCUCACCACCGGCUGGAGCAACUUCGUCGGCAACAAGAACCUCCGGCCCGGCGACUCCGUCGUCUUCGUCCGCGAGGAGGACGGCAAGCUCCACAUCGGCCUGCGGCGCGCCACGCGCGUGUUCUGCAGCGGCGGCAAUGCGGGCAGCCCGGGCGCCGCCGCCGCCGCGGGUCCAUCGGGCGGCAAGGUCCCAGCGGAGGACGUGGUCGCGGCGGCGAGGCUGGCCGCCGCCGGGCAGCCGUUCGAGGUGGUGCACUACCCGCGUGCGAGCGCGCCGGAGUUCGUCGUGCGUGCGGCCGCCGUCAAGGAGUCCAUGCAGGCCCCCUGGUGCCGCGGCCUGCGCUUCAAGAUGGCGUUCGAGACGGAGGACCUGUCGCGGAUCAGCUGGUUCAUGGGCACCGUCGCCGGUGUCGAGCCAGCCGAUCCCGCACGGUGGCCGCAGUCGCCCUGGCGACUCCUUCAGGUGACCUGGGACGAGCCUGAGCUCCUGCGGAACGUGAACCGCGUGUGCCCGUGGCGGGUCGAGCUGGUGUCGAGCAUGCCCAGCGUGCCGCGCUUCUCGCCGCCGCCGCGCAAGAAGCCGCGCACCCCGCCGUACACGGAGACUCUCUCGGAGCGCCAGCAACUUUUCGACCCCGCCUUCCCGUUCCCGCCCACACACCCACUCCCACUGGCACCACCCCUCCCUGCCCCAAACCACGACCGGAACCGCCACGAUCUCGUCCCCUCCUUCCCGGUCAUCCCGGACAGCAUCGCUGCUGCUGCUGCAGGCAUCCAGGGAGCCAGGCAUCCGCAAUUCGCUCCAUUCUUUCCGGAUCUCCACCUCAGCGACCUGCAGCAGAGCCUGCUGUUCUGUGGCAUCCGCCGCGCCGAUCACCAAGCCCCUCCCGCGCCAAGGAUCGCCACCGACUUGAAGAUCGGCAGCCCAACGCCCCGCUCUCCAUCACUCAAGAAAGGCGACGACGUCAAGCCACCGGGGAUAAUGCUCUUCGGACGGGAGAUACGGACCGAGGAGCAGAUGAAAAGCAGCAACGGCUCUGGUGUCCCGAUCUCGCCGCGAGCCACCAGCAGCGGCUCGUCCAAGCCCGACUGCGACGACGAGAAAGCGUCCAACACGUCUGAUCGCUCUCGCUCCGACGUGUCCCAUGGAAGUCCCGCCAAGAAGAAUUCGCCGUCCUCCUGGAGAUUGUGGUGGUCUGGAGACAGUUCACCGUCUGAAUUUGCGCUGGAGCCCGGGCAGUGCAAGGUGUUUGUGGAGUCGGACACCCUCGGCAGGAACCUUGACCUCUCGGCGCUGGGCUCAUUCGAGGAGCUCUGCGCGCACCUGUCCAGCAUGUUCGGCAUCAACAACGCUGAUCUGAGGAGCCACAUGGUCUACCGCACCAUCGCCGGCGAGGUGAAGCACGUCGGCGACGAGCCUUUCAGCGCGUUUGUGAAGUCAGCGCGGAGGAUCACCAUACUGAGCGACGCUGGCAGCGACAACACUGGCAACCGAUGA